UUUGAAUUUUCAAACAACGGAGGCUUCGCCGUUAAACCGAGGAUUCCUUUAUAUAACUGCUCGUCAGCGCCAAAUCGAACAAUUUCAAAGCCCUCUUUUGCCGGAACAAUCACUCUCUCUUGAAUCGCCGGUGCCGGCGUCCUUCGCAUAUUUCAGAGAAGAAGAAUUUUUUUUUUUAUAAUUUGAAUAUUAUUUUAUAGUUUUUAGGUUGCGAGACUUCCACAAUGGCUUGGAUGAGUUUGGAAUCACUUCGGUCUCUCUUCAAUUUUCGCGGCAUUGUACAGAGGGAAACAAUGAGGGAGAUUGAUCUUGGUGCGUGCACUAUUAAGUCUCAUGGAUCCAAAGUUGCGAGGAAGCACAUGCAUGAUUGGCUUAUCCUGUUGCUGCUUGGGGCAAUUGAGAUCGUUCUGUUCACAAUUCAACCAUUUCACCGCUUUGUGGCUGAGACUAUGAUGACAGACCUCAAAUAUCCCAUGAAGGACAACACUGUGCCUGUUUGGUCUGUGCCUAUGUAUGCAGUUUUGUUGCCUAUAGCCGUCUUCCUUUUCUUUUAUUUUCGUAGGAGAGAUGUCUAUGAUCUUCACCACAGCAUUUUAGGCCUUCUAUUUGCUAUGCUGAUUACUGGGGUUUUCACGGAUGCAAUAAAAGUUGCUGUGGGACGGCCUCGACCUAACUUCUUUUGGCGUUGUUUCCCGGAUGGAAUUGAUCUAUAUGAUCAUUGGGGCGAUGUGGUUUGCCACGGGAAGGCUAGUGAAAUAAAGGAAGGAUAUAAGAGCUUCCCAAGUGGCCAUACUUCAUGGUCCUUUGCAGGACUAGGUUUUCUCUCAUUGUACUUAUCUGGGAAGAUCAAAGCAUUUGACCGCAAAGGGCAUGUUGCAAAGCUCUGUGUAGUAUUUCUCCCAUUGCUUGCUGCAUCCCUAGUUGGUGUAUCUCGAGUUGACGACUAUUGGCACCACUGGGAAGAUGUGUUUGUUGGAGGUCUUUUAGGGCUUGUUGUAGCAGCAUUUUGCUAUCGGCAAUUCUUCCCCCCACCGUAUCAUGUUGAUGGAUGGGGUCCUUAUGCAUACUUCAGAGCUUUGGAAGAAUCAGGUAGCAGGACAACUAAUGGAACCCAGAUCACAAAUGCAGUUAAUGUGCAAACCCAGGAAUCUGUUCGUGCUGUGAAUCAAGAAGUCAGCCACAGAGACGAGGCAUAUGUGUCGCUAUCUUUAGGUAAUGAUCCAAACUCACCAUUGGAUGCAAUGGAAUUAGGGAGGAGGUGAUAUUUCAGACAUUAUUUCCUGUAACAAACUAAAUAUGUAGUUUUAGGGUUUUAGUAAUAAGGCAAUGCAGUUUUGUUUUUGCCACAGUUAUUAUUUUAUUUUUUUGAUUUGUUACAGUGUAAAUCUUGUAAAAUCACAUUUUUGGAAUGUAUAUACUUAUAUA